AUGACCGCCGCAGUAAAUCCAAAAUUUUCCAGUUUGAUUAUUGAAAUGUGGUUUGGAUGGCAUUCUUCAUUGUGGAAUUGCUUUUCUGAAAGAGUCAAGAGUUAUCCCUGGUUAAAGGGAUCAGUUUAUGAUUUGUUCCCCACAAGAAUACAAAAUUUAGGUUUCAUCCUCCAAGGUGAUUUUCGAAUAAAGGACUUUGAUGUGAACUGCUUGAAACUUAGAGUGAUGUCCAGAGCUCUUUGGCAAGAUUCCCCUCUACAAGAUAGUUUAACUAACGUUCUCUUAUCUUCAGCCAAUUGCCUAUUUAGACAGAUCCUUCUUGUACAUGAAAAACAUUUUGAUAAAGAUGUAUUUGCAACGCUCAAAUCAAUUUUAUCCGAAUUGACAAGUCGUGAUGCAAGGCCUGAAGAGCUGCAAACUUUGAGAUCAUUGAUUUUGUCUUCAAACCAUGCCCCGUUUUCUUCACUUAUGGAGCCUGUUAUACAACCGCUGCUUGAAGAACUAUAUAUGGGACGCUCAUCAAAUGGUAUUUAUACAGACUUUUGUUUCCUUGGCCAAGCAUGGGUUCAUAUUGGGAUACUACGCUUCCAUCUUUUAGUAAACCCAGAUGGACAUGAUCCUGUUGUGAAGAAUGCUUUGAAGUAUUCAUGGAUACUACAGAGGAAGUCCCUUCUUGAACUUGAGAAAAAGGUACGCCAAGAAUGCGAGUAUCUAUCUCGACAAAGCAGUGUCAUAGUGGAUGAGAAAAUUAGAGGAUUUCAAGAGAAGUUGGAGAUGGAAGAGAAACGAGCACGAACUAAGGUUGUCUUUCGCCCAGAACCUUCAAAAUAUAAAAAGCUGAAAGUAGCAUGUUGUAAUUUUAAUGAGCUUGUUGUAUCUUGCUCCUCGCUGCUAAAUAAUCUCAGAUGCCAUGCAGAUAUUGAUACUAUGAUUGAGAUGGCAAAUAACUGGCAGGCCACUUCAAAAUCCUUUAUUAAUAGAUUGUCAGAAGAUUUUUCAGAGUACAUAGACUUUGUUCAACCAAUUCAGGUUGCUGUGUAUGAAAUGAAGCUUGGCCUGUCAUUGGUCAUAUCCGGUAUCGUGGAAAGAGAAUAUAUGAAGAAGAUUGGGAUAACUAACAUAGAUAGUAUUUUG